UGAAAGUGGCGGGCAGCAUCAACAUUCAUCUCAAAGAUAGCCGUGUAAGUACACGGGCAAAGAACCGAAGUUGAUCAAGUUAGCGUCAACGAGUAACAUUUAGAAGUAGACGGUUUAUUAGGAGUGUUUGAUAUCAGUGCGGAACGCCAUCAGCCGGAACCGCUGAAUGCCGUUUUCGUGAUAAUUUACCGUUAGCAGUGGAGUAAACGUGAAAAGGUAAAUAUUGGAGUCUUGCAUCAUGACAAAUGAGGAUGAUAAGGUGAUCCCAGUGCGGGUUGCCUUGCGAUGUCGCCCGCUGGUGCCGAAAGAAAUCAACGAGGGAUGUCAGUGCUGUCUCACUUUUGUGCCUGGGGAGCCACAGGUGAUUGUCGGCACAGAGAAGGCGUUCACCUAUGAUUAUGUAUUUGAUCCCAAUACUGAACAAGAGGAGGUCUUCAAAACCACUGUGACCCCGUUACUGUGUGGGCUUUUCAAAGGCUACCAUGCCACAGUUCUUGCAUACGGACAGACGGGAUCAGGAAAGACCUUCUCCAUGGGAGGAACAUACACAUCAGCUCAAGAGAAUGAUCCUUCAGUCGGAGUUAUUCCACGAGUCAUCAGAAGGAUCUUUGAGGAAAGGGAGAAGAGGACAGACUGUGAGUUUUGCCUGGCAGUAUCGUACCUGGAGAUCUAUAAUGAAGACAUAUUGGACUUGCUGUGUGCAUCAAAAGAUAAAUCUUCCCUCAGCGUUAGGGAGGACCCUAAAGAGGGCAUUAAGAUUGUGGGUUUAACUGAGAAGCAAGUGUUCUCCGCUCAAGAGAUGGUGGGUUGUCUGGAGGUUGGAAAUUCUGCUCGCACUGUGGGCUCCACGGCGAUGAACGCUGCUUCCUCGCGCUCACAUGCCAUCUUCACCAUCACACUGGAGCAGCGCAGAGGGACAGACAAAACCGACUCCAUUGUUUCAAAAUUGCACCUUGUGGAUCUGGCUGGUUCAGAGAGGCAAAAGAAAACCAAAGCGGAGGGAGAUCGUUUAAAGGAAGGCAUCAGCAUCAAUCGUGGCCUUUUGUCUCUGGGUAAUGUGAUCAGUGCCUUGGGGGAUGAAAGCAAGAAAAACAGCUUUGUUCCUUACAGAGACUCCAAGCUCACCCGCCUGCUACAAGAUUCUUUGGGAGGCAACAGCCACACUUUGAUGAUUGCAUGCGUCAGUCCCGCAGACUCGAAUCUGGAGGAGACCAUCAACACACUGCGAUAUGCUGACAGAGCUCGCAAGAUUAAAAACAAACCAAUAGUCAACGUUGACCCCAGAGCUGCAGAAAUGAGCCGUUUGAAGCAACAGGUUCAGGAGCUGCAGGUGAUGCUCCUUCAUGCCCGCGGAGGAGUCGCUCCGGUGCUCUCUGGGCCAGAGUCAGCGGAGAAUGUGACGAAGCUGUUGGAACGGAAUCGCGCUCUGCAGGAUGAGAACAAUAAGCUGAGCAGGGAGCUGAGCGAGGCAGCUGGACAGACUGCCCUCAUGUUUGAGAAGAUCAUCAUGACCGAACAUGCAAAUGAGAAACUACAAAGCAGAAUGGAACAACUGCGGGACCAUGCCGCAUGUACAGUGGAUCUUGAGAAGUUGUUGGAGACUCUGGAGGACCAGGAGCUGAAGGAGAAUGUCGAGGUGAUGAAGAACCUGCAAGACAUCAUCUUGGAGCUCAAGAAUGAGAGUGCAGGCAUCGCUGCCUCCAUUGAUGCCAUGGCUGCAGGAGAGGAUGGAGCUGAUGUCUCUGGGAAUGGCAGUAAAAAUGGGGCAGAUGAAUCUCCUACGGAUGUCACCGGCAUUGUUGGGAAGGACUCCCCGGAGGCCUUUACAACCCGUCAUGCACUGCGGCAGGCCCAGCUCUCCAAGGAACUGAUCGAGCUGAACAAAGUGUUGAGCUUGAAGGAAGCUUUUGUGAAGAAAAUGUGCCAGAACGACACCCAGCUAGAGCCGAUGCAGUCAGAGCACCAGAAAAAUGUACAGUCUCUACAGACCGCAGUGGAUUCUCUGCAGAAGGAGAAAGAGGACCUUGUUUUGGCACUUCAGUCCGCAAAGAAAGACACUAACCAGGCGAAACUCAGUGAGCAGCGGAGGAAGAGACUGCAGGAGCUCGAGGGCCAGCUUGUGGACAUGAAGAAGAAGCUUCUCGAUCAGUCCAAACUGCUGAAAAUCAAAGAGUCCUCUGUUCAAAAAGUUGGCAAGCUCAUGCAAGAAAUACAGGCUAUGAAGUCCCAGCGUACACAGCUGAUGAGGCAGAUGAGGGAGGACUCUGAGAAAUUCAGACACUGGAAGAGCAAGAAGGACAGAGAGGUGCUGCAGCUGAAGGAGAAGGAUCGUAAGCGCCAGUAUGAGCUGCUUAAACUCGAGAGGGAUUUCCAGAAGCAGGCCAACGUUCUGCGCCGUAAAACUGAGGAGGCUGCAGCUGCAAACAAGCGGUUAAAAGACGCCCUGCAGAAGAGAAGUGAGGUAGCAGAGAAACGCAAAGAUUUCCAUAACAGAGGAAUGGAAGGAGCUGCUGCAAGAGUUAAGACAUGGCUUCUCAAUGAAGUGGAGGUGAUGGUCAGCACAGAGGAGGCCCGGCGCCACCUCAAUGACUUGCUGGAGGACAGAAAGGUCCUGGCUCAGGAGAUCAACCACCUCAAACAGCAGAUGGAGGCAGGGGACCGACCUGCUGCCAAAAUCAGGCGUCGCACACUGAUCAUCUCUGAGCUGGAGACCCAGGGGGCGCUGGAAACACCUCUGACCAAACAGGUGGAGAACCUAGAGACAGAAAUGGGCCUCAGAAACGCCCAGAUAGCCGACCUUCAGCAGAAAGUUCUCGUCGCAGAUGGCGAGGGGCGUUUGAAACAGCGCAUUGAUGGCAUCACAAGCAUCGUCGAGGCCAAAUGUGCCCUCAGGGUCCUCAUGUCUGAGCUGGUGUCUGCUAAAACAGCCAGCGCCAAGCUGGAGAGUGAACUCAAACAGGAGACGGGGAAUUCACAAGAUUUAAGGCGGAUGCUAGCUGAAGAGAGAAACGUGAUGUCAGCCAUGGACAUGGAGCACCAGCAGCAGCAGGUGGAGCUGGAGCAGAGGCAUCAAGAAAAGGUCCUGUACCUCCUUAACCAGCUACAGAGCAAACCCAUAUGUGAAGAGGCCGAUGAAACAAAGGAGAACAAUGAGGAGAGUUCAAGGGAGAAGGAGCUUCUCCAGCGCCUCAAACUUCAGGAAGAAGAGCUUGAAAAGCUGCGUGAAUUAAGUGAGCAGAACCAGAAACUGGUGGAGCAGAAUGAGCAAUACAAGCAGAAACUCUCACUGCUUCACCUGGCAAGUGGAAAGAAAGUCCUUGUGCCUGUGACCAACAAUGAAAGGAGCUCAGACGACUCGUUUGAGUAUGUUCCUCCAAAGCCUAAAGGGAAGCGCUUCACCACAGCUAAACGUAGCCAGCACAGUAUGGCCAUCAACAUUGAAGAGCUGAUGUCGCCCAGUGAGGAUGAGGAAGCGGACGAGGUGGAGGAGGAUGAGUGGCGUCCUGAGAAACCUGAGAAGGGACGCAGAGCCUCAAAGAAACCAAAAGCGACUGGGUGUGCGUGUAAAGGUCGCUGCGGCAACAAGCAGUGCAGGUGUCGCAAAGGAAAGAUGACAUGCGGGGAGAACUGCCAGUGUGAUCAUGAGAAGUGCAGAAAUAUGGAUAACCGGGUGCCUUCUGAGGAUGUAAGCCAGACAGAAAGUGUUUCUAGAGACUCUGUGUCUCUCCAAGAUCCUGCAUCUGUCAGCCCUGACAACUCCACAUUCUUCAAGCCGCCAUCUUGCACUCCCACUAAGAAGGUGCUUAAAGAAAUUGGCGACAUGGGACAUCCCACUCCAGACCUGAAGUUGGUCAGGAAGCCCAUCCUGCCAGAGGAAGAGGAGGACGGUGACGACGAUGACGAGGACACAACAACAGUCAGCUUCCUCAAGAAGAAGAAAAGAAUCCUGACGAGUUUUCAGAACAGUUUUUUCUCUGGAUGCACUCCGAUCAGAGAGGAAUCGUAAUCAGCACAGAGCAGGGAGCAGGGUAGGGCUUUUUACUUUAGAUGUCCAUAUGUGUUUGAUUAAAUGUUUUGUCAACGUGUUUUCAGUCUUUUUUUAUAUGUGACUAAUCUGUUGUGUACUGUAACAUGAAAGUAGCUGUUGAUUUUGUUUUCUAUAAAGGGUAAGGAAAGGACCGUGAAUAGCAUCGGAUCUUUUACUGGAAUUAACAAUGAGAUGAUGGAAAAGCCUGUACAUAAGAUUUUAGUUUAACAUGAUAGAUGACACUUCCUAGAGCUGAAUAAAGUCUUACAGUGGAAUCGUGUUUUUAAAGAACAAAGCGUUAUUCCUUUUUGUCUGACUGUGCACCUGUGUUUACUGUCUCAGCAUCAUAAGUGAUGGAAAAUAAUUUAUUUCAUUCAUUAGUCUGUUAUGAUGUUUUACAUUGUUUCUUAGCGACACUUAAUUUUUAGUGAUUUUUUUUUACGUUGAAAAAAUGAAAUCUGAAACUGAAACUCUACAUCUAAUUUUGUACUUCAGGUAAGGUUUUACUUUUACCUGUGUAGCACCCCCUCAAAUCCCCCAAAAGCUCAGAACACAAUAAUUGCCGCUUAUAUUUACCAAUUUAUUUUUGUUUCCAUCUAUUUCUACACGGACUGUAAAGCCUGAGGCGUUGUCUCGACUUUGAAUUUAUGUAGAUCUUGAUCUCAAAUUUAGUGCACUGUGUCUUUAUUCACUUUUUCUUGUUAUGACGUUUACCUGUCACGUUUUGAACCUCACAGUUUGUUUCAAAUGCUUUCUGGAGAGCCAAGGGCACAGAUGUCAACACGAUUUCCUGACAUGAUGUUUUUAGAAUUGGGUGAAUAAAAUAGUGUAAUUAUUAUGCAACUAAGCUGUGUCUGUUCAUAAUGGUUUAAGAUCAAAUGAGUACAAAUGAUUCUGGAAAUUGUCUUUCUGUUAAGCAAAAAUGCCAAACAUUUAAUGGAUCCACAGGGUUCCCACAUUCAUAAAAUUCCUGUUUUUGAAUGUUUUUGAAUUUUGAAUAAAUAUUGUCUUAGCUAUUAUUUAAAAUAUGUUCAUAAAAAUCCCAA